AUGGCUGAGUUACAGCCGCCGGAAGCCCCACCUGACCCCGCCCCAACCACCACCACUAUCACUGCCGCCACUCCAAUAGUACCCGUUUCCUCCGAAAUCGACAACACCACCAGCAAUAUCGGCACAAGUUUAGGACCAAAACGCCAACGGCGGCCGAGUGUCCGCCUGGGCGAGAUCGGAGACCCACCAGCCACUAUCUCCAACGAUUCUCAUCCCAGACGACCCAAAACCACCUGGAAAUUUCAUAAACACCCGAGGUUAGUCACUAAAACCUCCAAAACUCGACCUUUGACCAACCUCGUUAACGGGGGUGAUAAUUACCAUGAUAACCUGGACACCAACACCACACACAACCUCGAAUUCGGUAGCCGAAUGCCCAAAUUGAAAAAACCUACAAAAAAAAUACGAACCAAUUUGGCGGCCGUAGCCUUGAAACUCGACAACGGCGGUGUCGUUGGGGAUAAUAGUAGACAAGAUAAUGACGAUGGAAAAGCGUUCAGGGAAUUCGAAGCAGAGGAUUAUUCGGAGAGUCCGGUGAAAGAACAGAGCCCAGUUCAGUCGAUUGACAAUGCGGAGUUGGAUUUUUGGCAUCGGAGGCCAAUUAGGGCUAGGGUUUCCAAGAGUCGUGAUGAUGAGAAUGGAAAGCCGGAAUCGGAUUCUCGGGAGGAACGGAAAUGCGUGACAAGCAAUGAAGGAGUAAGAGAUUGGCUGAUUGGGCUUGGAUUGGGGCGUUAUGCGCCGGUUUUCGAGAUACACGAGGUGGACGAUGAGGUUCUACCCAUGUUGACAUUGGAGGAUUUAAAGGAUAUGGGGAUAAAUGCUGUUGGUUCGAGGCGGAAAAUGUACAUCGCCAUUCUCAAGCUUCGGAAGAGGUUUUCGUGA